AUGUCGCUGUUGAAAGAAAGUCGAAAGCUGACCGUCAACUAUAAAAACCUUCGAAGACCUUUCGAAUAUUUUGGUGAAGAAAAAAUUCAUUCUGCAGAUAUUCCACCAUUGGGACAUAUCAACAAUAACACUUCACAGAACUUUCUUUCUAUCAGACUUGUUGAAUAUUUCAAGAGUAAAAUGGUUGGUCAUGUCAGUUCAAUUAUCCUUCAAAUACAUUAUGAGACUCCAUUGCUGAAUUGUUGA